AUGUCGAUCCACGCUCCGUUGAGCACAGCGCCUUUCUCGCCUGGGCAAACUUAUCUUCGCUCUCUGGGGAAUGAGCCUACAACCGAAAAUGAUAUCGAAGAGUCAGAUUUGCUCAAGAGCCUUCGAAAUGUUUUUGCUCCCAACCAAUCCUCUGCUACGGCUGUCAGGUGUCUGGCUGGUCCUUCUCCGGUCCCUGGACAAGGCGAAGAAGAACUAUCUUGGAAUAAUCGCACCAUAGUCUGGAGCAUAGGAGGAAUACCUCGCCGAACCUGGGACUUUGCACACGAAAAGCAAGAUAUUCAAUGGGUUUGCUGGGCUUGGUUCCAUCCCGACGAUGUUAUAUCCACUCAAAACGCAACUUCUCAUCAUGAUUCGUCUCUCGAUGACAAUCCCACGUUUGGUCCUUUCUUUCAGUUCUUGCAAAGGCAACGUAUGAACCCGUCACAGGAUGACCACGCACCGGAAUCGCCUACCGCCUGUCGCGCUUUAGUUGUUUUCCUCCGAGAUAUUGCCAAGGUCUUGAUGCGGAAUGGCGUUGAACAUACCAUUCACCUUCCCUUUCUCGUCCGACGCGCUUGGGAAAUGUCUCCCACCGGUCUUCUCGUCAACGCGCCCAAGAUCGGGAAGAACUUGACGAGGCUUCCCCUUGACGAAUUCAAAAUUGUCGGCUGCGCGCGUUCAAUACUUGGAGGCUUCUCAGAUGGUGGUACUCCCCCCGUUGUCGAGCCUUUGCCGUCGGCCCGUCUACACCCCUCUGACACAGUUUUGUAUGUAUCGGGCGGCACCGAUGCAGACCACGAGCGACUCCUCAUUUCGCACAAUAAUCAAAAACGGCGGUUGACCAUCUGGAGAUAUGCCUCCCGUAAACCCGUUAUGUCUCUCCAUGGAGGAGGCGCAAAACCACGCGAGCGAGUGGUCAACGACAGGCUGGAUCGCAUCCCCCUUGGACAGGACGAUGAAGACGAAGAGCCAUUGGGAGAACAACAUCACGGCCCAUGCUUCCACAGAUCAGCCGAAAUGAUUUAA